AUGCCACGUGAUGCUGCUUCGCCUGUUUUAGAUCACGUCACCAUGAAGGUGAAUGAUGUUGAUUACCAAGGAGGAUUNGAACGAGACGAUUUAAACCAACUAUUCGAAGCAAUGAGAAGCAAUUACAAAGCAUGGUGCNUAGGUUUUGCACCACUAGCCGUAGGUGGUGACAUGGAUUCAGUCGUGGUACAAGAAUUCAACAGAACACUAUUCAACAUGAGUCCAGACAUACGUCAACGUUAUCUUGCAUAA